AUGGCAAUAUGGAGGUGCUUUUCGAUUUUGAAUGAGACUAAGGCGAAAAAAAAGGCGGGGAAAGAAAAAUCUUCGAAAGAGAGUUUCGAUACUCUAAUUUCCAAACUACGGCACUCGGUAUCAUCUGAGUCGCGUGAUUCGCAACCAGCCACUUAUGAUGUUACUGUAACCAAUGGUUGUCAGAAAAGCUCGAGGAGUGAUGUUAGGGUUAUGCGUCUUAAGAGUCUUGUGAAAGUUUAUAAAGGUGGAGAUGAAACUGAGAAUGAAAAUUCGGCCUCAAUCAAGAGGGAGCUCUCGGAUUUUGAUCUUCAAUCCGAUGAACCAGUUGCAAGCAAAGAAGGGUAUGAUUCAAAAGGGAAAAACCAAGUCAGUGAUGAAUUGGAAGAUCAAAGCAAUAGAUACAGCCGAAAGAGUGAUCCUGGUAUAAGGAAAUCUGAUUUUCUGGGUUCUCCAAAACUCAAGCGGUCGUGCUCGAACAUUGAAAAUAAGGAUGUUCAUAGGCAGAUACAUGAAUACUUGUCUCCAUCAAAGUCUCUAUCUGUUGAAGACUUUCCCGAUUUAUCCACAAACCCAAUGUUGAAUCUUAAGAGGUCAAGGUCUGUGAAAAGUGACCGCAGUGCUGAUAGAGUGAUGUUGAAACGACAUUCUUCAAGUCAAGUACUCCCGUCUAGAAGUAAAAAAUUAUGGUGGAAGUUGUUCCUCUGGAGUCAGAGGAACAUACAUAGAACAUUCUCUAGAAAAUCGAAACUUGUUCCUGCUAUUAGUUCUUUAAGCGAUCAAUUUGAGUAUUCUUCCGACACCCUCGAACCAAAACAAUUGAAGGCAAUGAAACAUGUGCGAUCCUCCGUGUCAUUUACUACGCAAUCCGUUAGCGAAAUCGUCAAUGACAAUGAUCAAAGGCAGAACAGAUUUCCUAACCAAUGGCUUGCUUUCUCGACAGAAUCAUCUUCUUAUGCUAGGGUGGACGCAUGGGUCAAAGAUCUUGAAAUUCAGGAACCAGUUCCGGAGGAUGGUGUUCUUGAUUACAACGCUGGAAGCAUUUCCUUCCCGCCUUCUCCUGAUGCCUGUAGACCAUUGAUAGGAAGCACAUCUCAGUUGCCUGAUUCAAAUUCCAAUCUUUCAAAGGAUAUUUUGAGAGCCAAUAGUAUGGUCCAGUCUCUAAGUGCAGCUUCAUCGGUUGCUCACAUAUCCGGCGUUGGUAUAAAAGCCAUCCCCGUGAUAUCGCACUUCUCCAAUCUCCGCUCUGUCAAUUUGUCCAACAAUUUCAUAGUUAGCAUCAUACCUGGAUGUCUACCAAAGAGUGUUCAAACACUUAAUUUGUCAAGAAACAAGAUUAGCACCAUCGACGGUCUCAAAGAAUUGACCCGGUUGCGAGUACUUGACCUAAGUUACAAUUGCAUUUCAAGAAUUGGACAAGGUUUAUCAAACUGUACACUUAUCAAGGAGCUAUAUCUUGCUGGAAACAAGAUAAAUGAUAUCGAGGGGCUACAUAGGUUGUUUAAGCUAACAGUUCUGGACUUGAGCUUCAACAAAAUCACCACAACAAAAUCGUUAGGCCAGCUCGUGGCUAACUACAACUCACUUCAGGCUCUUAAUCUACUCGGAAACGCUAUUCAGAGAAACAUCGGUAACGAACAGCUAAACAAAUCUGUUUCGGGUCUUCUUCCAAAUCUGGUGUUUUUGAACAAACAAUCUCUCAAGUCUAAAAGGGUGGCACAGAACAUAUAUAUUGAAAGUGUUGCCAAUGCUGCACUUGGGAACAGCAAGAAGCGGAACUCUGGAAGAAGAUCGAUGAAUCGAGUUGGACAACAGCGAGAAGGAUUGGGUGUUGCGUCGAAAAGCAGGAACGGGACAAAGAGGUGA